AUGCCGCCACGACUCCCUCUCAGGUCACUGGCCACCGUUGUCACACCGCCACUGACAUCACUACCUACCAGCACCGCAACCUCAAUCCCAACCUUCCUCCUGCCCUUCCUCACCCGCUCCGCCUCCAUCCUCUCCAACCUCCGCAACGUCCCCCCUCCUACAACGCCCGCAUCCGCGUCGGCCGCGGCCCUUCCUCACGAAAAGGCGGCAAGUCUGGCCGCGGACACAAAGGCCAGAAGCAAAAAGGCGGCUGGAACGUCGCUGGCUUCGCGGGCGGCCAAACCCCCGACCAUGUCGUUCACGGGCACUAUGGCUUUACAAAUAACCAGCACAAAGGAGCUAUGUGUUAGUAAGGUGGUGGGGAAGGUGAAGGAUGGGGUGAAGCUGUUGGCGAAGAAUGGAACGGAUCUGACGACGCCGAUUCAUGUUGUUGUGAGUAGGGCGAGUAAGAGUGCGAUCGCGGCUGUGGAGGCGCUCGGUGGGUCAGUCACGACGCGGUUCUACACACACGCGGCGAUCAGGCGGAUACGGAAGGGGGAUAUGCAUCCGUAUGUGAGCUUGCAGUGGGAUCAGAGCGCGAUUGGGAAUGCGGCGUUGAUGGUGGAGGGGGCGCAGGAGAAGGAGGAGGUCGUGAAGGGGUUGGGGUAUGAGUUUCGACUACCGGAUCCGACGAGCAGGAAGGAUCUGGAGUACUACCGGGAUAGGGAGAACAGGGGAUAUUUGAGUCACCGGGUGAAGGAAGGUCACAGUCCGAGCUUGUUCUAUGCUACGGAGGCACAGAUUGAGGAUGGGCGGAGGGCGAAGGAGGAGGCGAGGAAGGCGGGUGUGAUCAAGAAGAACAAGACGAAUGCCGAGGAGAACAAGCUGUGGUAG